CCCACAAUGGACCAGGAGCAGACUCUGGCUGCCUUGCUGUUAAAAAAUGAACAACUCUGGCAGCAAAAUGAUCUGUUGAAGUCGACGAUGCUAAGUGUAGUCAAGGAGAACGUAGAUCUGAAAGCCAACAUGCAGAGCUUCAACAAAGACACUCUGGAGGAAUUAACAGUUUGCUCACCCUCAGGAAGACACUCGUCCAGUCUAUGGCAAAACACCUGCAAUGAGACACAAUUCAAAAAAGACUUGCAACAAACCAGAUUAAAACACAACCAGCGCACCUCGUCUCCUGUCGACUUCAAGUCUUUCGUCCAAAGCUCGGUGCACACAGACACAAGUGAGAAAUCAGAGUUUCAAAGCAGCCAGACUGAUUUUCCUCUCGGGGUCAAAGGUGAAGACAGGCUGCUGGGAGAGAUUGCCUACCAGCUGGAUAGGAGGAUUCUCUCCCAGGUCUUCCAGGGCCACAAGAGACUCUACGGCUUCACCCUGCUCAAUAUCCCAGGCAAAAUCAGAGAGGUGUCAACACACCCGCUGACGGGGAAGGUGGAUGAGGGCUAUCGGCUCCAUCUCACCCAGAGGUAUGAUGACCUCAUGAAGAGGUUGAGCCAGCUCGGGUUCAAAGCAACACUACACCCUCCGUUCAAUGAAUUCAUCGUCAACACCUUUGGGAUCCUGAAGGAGAGGCCGGGGGAAAACAGUUCCCAGGCUGCUGACUACAAUAAUCCAGAUUUUCUGAGGAAGCUGAUCGUGACCACAGCGCCGAAAAAACUCCAGAAGGACCUGCUGCUUGUGCUCACCUGCCUCUGCAGCAUGGCUGAGAAGGACAGAAAGCCUCUCCUUCUCUGGUAGACAGGAUUGUAUAGGAAAGCCGAUACUGUCCACAAAUUGAAAGUAAACACUAAAGAUAUGGCACAAU